GUUUAAUUUCAUCACUUAAAAGCCCAAAAAUUCCAUCACAAAUUUUUGAUGUAACGUUUUUUUGUUUUUUUUUUUUUUACCUAACCCUAAUUUUGCAGAACCUUUUGCCGAAAUCUUCAUUCUCUCUCUAUCUUUAUCUAAUGGGGCUCACUUCAUAGAUUUAUCAUUUCUAGGUUUCUGAGUUAUUUUAUGGUAUCUUGUUUGUAUUGAAGCCAUUGGGGGGUUUUUGCAUCGAUUUCUGUUGGAAUCGGGGCUCGUUCGUUUGAAUCUGUGUAUUGAAUCGAAAUUGUGGUAUAAUUUUUUUACAAUUACCUGCAAAUAUUUCCGAUUUUGGAUGAGUUUGUAUAUAUACAUUUGUUGUGUUUUUACACACUCGCAGUCGCGGGGAAUUAUUAGUAGAAAUUGAGUCGGAGCUGGGGGUGGGAGAUGGAGGGGAAUUCCGGCGGAGGGGGAGCGGGAAUUGGGGGAACGACAGCCGGCGGCGUGGCGGCAGGAGGAGUAUCGGGCGGCGGCGGCGGCGGCGGAGGGAACGACGUGGAGCUGAUGUGCAAAACGCUGCAGGUGGAACACAAGCUUUUCUACUUCGAUCUGAAGGAGAAUCCCAGAGGCCGAUAUUUGAAGAUAUCAGAGAAAACAUCGGCUACAAGGUCAACGAUCAUUGUUCCCUUCUCUGGGAUUCCAUGGUUCUUAGAUCUCUUCAAUUACUAUAUCAAUUCCGAUGAUCCAGAGGUUUUUAGCAAGGAAUUGCAGCUCGACACAAAGGUGUUUUAUUUCGACAUCGGCGAGAAUCGGAGGGGUCGUUUCUUGAAGGUAUCUGAAGCUUCUGUUAGUCGAAACCGCAGUACCAUUAUCGUUCCUGCUGGAAGCAACCGGGACGAGGGAUGGUCUGCAUUUAGGAACAUUUUGGCAGAAAUCAAUGAAGCAUCUAGGCUUUUCAUGCUGCCCAAUCAGGAAAAUUCUGAACAUUCAGAACAUCUUGUCGGACUUUCAGACGAUGUCGGUGCAGGCUUCAUAUCAGGUCAUAGUAGUCAACCUGCUCCAACCUCUGACUUGAAUGUAGAUAGACAAGUAGACUUGUCAGCUCAAGAUGACAUGGGCAAUCUGGGUGUUUCAAAAGUUAUCCGAGCUGAUCAGAAAAGAUUCUUUUUCGAUCUCGGAAGUAACAACCGGGGUCAUUUCUUGAGGAUAUCUGAGGUUGCAGGGGCGGAUCGUUCUUCGAUCAUUCUUCCAUUGUCAGGUCUUAAACAGUUCUAUGAAAUAGUGGGACAUUUUGUGGAGAUCACCAAGGAUAGGAUUGAAGGAAUGACAGGCGUGAACGUCAGGACCGUGGAUCCGCCUCACAGGUAAAAGUAUAUACACAGCCCCCGGGGCUCGUGGUGAACUAUUCGUUUUAGUGUUUGUGUAGAUCUACACGCACGCAUGUGUUCAAGUAGAGUUCAAAUUAUGGUCGGUGUGGUUUGGUACGUUCCUGUCUUGAUUUUCUGGUUCAAAUCUGAAUAAUCCAUCCUGCUAGAUUAGCAGAGGCUAUGGAAAA